AUACACUAACGAUCCUUGACGGCGCUGACUGGCAGACACGUCCUCGGCCGUUGCCCAGUUAUUCGGCCAAAUAUUUUUUUUUUAGUUAAACGAGAAGGCGAAGAAGCAGCAGACAGCAAAUAUGUGAAAUACCCACGUAAACGACGAGAUGAUGGAGUGUUGAAUUUGGUGCUUGAUGUAGUGUGUGGUGUUGUAUAGGUACUGUAGUGGGAAUAGGGAGGUCUGGGGUUAAACAGAACUAAAACGCAGUCACCAACAGCCAUGGAUGAGAUGUCGGGUUGCGUAAAGUCCCUGUUAGACAACGAUGAAGAAUUGUUGCAGGCAGCAGUGGAUACCCUGUUAAAGAUUGCAGAGAACAUAUUGAAGGAUCCAUCAAAUGAGAAAUUUCGCAGUGUGAAUCUGAGCAGCAGUGUAGUGGAGCAAAAGUUGAUUCCUGCCAUAGGUGCCUUGGAAGUUCUCUUCCUCAUGGGAUUUGAGGAGGGAAAUGAUAAGUUGAUUCUUCCAAAAGAUGAUCCACUCACCAAUUUGCGUACAUACCGACAGCAGCUGCUAAAGUUGAAGCAAGAGCGAUUGAAGAGAUCCCCAACAACUGCUAAAGGAAGUGUCUCAAAUAUUCUGACUCCUGAAUUACAAGAGAGGGAGUUAAAGCUUAGAUCAAAUCUUAUCAAUGAAUUUGAGAGAGUUCUCAUAUAUGAGAGCCCAGCAAUCCAAGAAAAAGCACGACAUAUCAUGCCAGUCCAGGAUUUACACGAGCGAGCAAGAAGCAAACUGUCGGCAAUAAAUAAGGAAGUAAGGAAAGAUGAAAAACCAAUGGAUUUCCAGGACUGUGUGCUAGUGGAGCUGUUAGCAUGGUUCAAGAAUGAUUUCUUUAAAUGGUUUGACUCGCCAACAUGCCAACAGUGUCACUGUCAAAUGACAGCUGAGGGUUCCAAGCCUCCCACAGAAGAUGAUCAUGCUUGGGGAGGGAGCCGUGUUGAAGGAUAUUGUUGUAAAGACUGUGGUACUGUUGACCGUUUUGUACGCUAUAACCAUCCUAGCAAACUUUUAGAAACAAGACAGGGGCGUUGUGGAGAAUGGGCAAACUGCUUUACCCUUCUAUGUCGUACUCUUGGGAUGGAUGCAAGGUAUGUGCAUGAUUAUACUGAUCAUGUUUGGACUGAAGUUUACUCACAGUCUCAAGGUCGAUGGUUACAUGCUGAUUGCUGUGAGAAUAAGUUGGAUAAUCCACUUAUGUAUGAACAUGGCUGGGGCAAGAAAUUGACAUACAUUUUUGCCUUUUCAAAAGAUGAAGUUGUAGAUGUUACCUGGCGAUAUACCACUAAACAAAAUGAGGUACUCAAAAGAAGAAAUGAUUGCAGAGAGACAUGGCUAGUGUCAACUUUAAGGGAUAUUAAUAAACAGCGGCAGGCAGCGUUCCCCGAAGCAAAAAGACAUUUUCUGGAGUAUCGCCUUGUAUCAGAGAUUGCUGAAUUCUUUGCCUCUAAUCGCACCUUGAAAGAGUCGGAAAAUGAGGGAAGAUGUUCUGGCUCCUUGUCUUGGCGUUUAGCAAGGGGUGAAACACAGGCCAUGGGCAACUCAAGUUACACCUUCCAGCUUAAACAAGAAGAAAUUGAGAAAAAAGAGUUUAUGGUGAAGUACUCAUCAGCUAGAGAUGAAUAUAUGAGAGUUUCAGCUGGUGAAGUAAUAAAGGGUUGGCAUGCUGGUAUCAAAUCAGCAAAAGAUAUCAUAAGGAAACAUGAAACUGACUGGAAAAUGGUAUAUAUUACACGAAGAGAAAGGAGCAGUAUUGGUGAAAUAAGCUGGAUAGUGGAUUGGUCCAACACAGGAUUAAAGGCUGCUUCAAUAUUGAUUGUGUUUCAGCAUGCCACAUUUGAAAAUGGCAGUGUUACAUGGCAGCUUUGUACUGGAGACAAGUGUUUCUUGGGCAACAAAGAAGGUGUAUUGGAGCUUACCGAAGGUGACUUGCAGCAUGAAACAACAAAACUAGAAUUAUCAGCUCAUCUUUCAAAUGGUCAAGGAGAAAAUGCCUGGCAACAGGCUCAACUCUUUCGUCAGUCAGACAGCUCUCUUGAUCAAUUCCCAUUUCUUAUACACAUUAAAUAUUACUAAACUGUGUACAUGGUAUAGAUUACACAGCUGAGGAAAGUUUUUAUGAAGCUUUACAAAACUUGACAUUAAUUUAAGGAAAUGGUUGUAUGUCAUCUCUACCUCACACCUUUUUAAAGUCUUGGUGAUGCCAGUACAGUUGUAUAUACCAUGCAAUACUGUUUUCACUUUUGUACCUUGAGGUAUGGUGCAUCAGGCGCAUAAAUAUGUCAAGAAGUCCUACAGUAUAUUUUGUCACACAAAUUAUAUAAGUUGAGGCAAUAAUAUGUAAUGUAGUUCUGUACCCAGAGUAAUAAAUUAUAUAGUGAUUAUUAUGGAAAGCAAAUUUAACACUAUUGUUACUAGACUUCUGUAUUUUUAUAAGACGCUACUUCAUGUUUAUCCAUAGGUUAUUUUAUCUAGAAACACAAUUUGGCUGUUACAGUUGUCGAAUGUAUUAUUGUUAGUCACGUGACGGAUAUUUUCAAAUAAUACAGAAUAUUUUAAUCUGCUCUGGGGGGUUUAAUAAAAGCUUUGUGUUUGUAUAUACAAACUGGCUUUUGUGGACAACCUUUAUGUUUGUAGUAAAGGAUGCUGCAUUUGUGAGAUAAAAAUUAAGGUAAUUAUUGUAAUUUUAUCUUUAAGGAAAAUCUAUGAUAUGUCUUUAGGCUGGCUAGGUUUGUGUGGCUUAUCUGUCUUAAUUGGUUGACAUCCCAGUCUACGUAUGUUCUCACAGAAUCAGUCUCGGUCCUAGGCUGAGGACGGAACACAUUGUUUAGUGAAAGGCCAUGAUCAUUAUCAUUGAAAUGCUGAAAACGAAAUUUUUUUAAAUUGUUGUACUAUUCAGUUUGUGAGUAAGUAUUUCUUGUUUGUCAUUUCAUUUUUUGGACUGUAUCUAGUUAUGGUACUGUAUUUAAAUAAUUUUGUUGAAGAUAUUUAGUUUGCCAGUUACAUAAAAGCACCAUAAAAUAUCACUGUUGUUAAUAAUUUUGAAUUAUAAUUUCUUUAAAAUAGUUUUCCUAUGGCUUGUUUUUCAUUAUCUGGUGCAUACCUGGUGUGGGUUCUGGGAGUUCUUCUGCUCCUGGAGCCUGGUCUGAGGCCAGGCUUGACUUGUUGUUGCAUUUUUAUACAUUAAGUAAUGAUUGCAUUUGUGAAACCUCUUAUCUUGCAGUAUGAUGCAAUAAUCAACUGUUUUAGACAAGUUUGUAUCAGCCUUUUGCCAAUAUCAACACACACAACAAUACACGUUGCAAAGGCAGGAGACAUGAUCAUGGAAUUUCUGGGCAAGGAUGUUUGUAUUGACCCUCUGUUCACAUUCUUGAUGAAUAUUGGUAUUUUAUAUUUCAUUUAAGAUUUCUGAAAUGGUGAAUAACCACUUGACUUUAGCACUAAACUCUUUGCCCAAAUCAUCAUAAAAAAAUAUCAAGGUGAUUCUUGAUUCAGAUUGUGCUUGGCAUCGGUGACACAAGAAUUAAAAAACAUUAUCAAACUCUUAAAAACAAAGGGUUUGCAUGACAUCACUAAUAUUAAAUUCUGUAAUGAGUAUUUGAUGAAAUUGAAUCUCUAUUGACAUGAAAUAUAUUUAAGUAUGACAUUCAAAUAUUAUAAAUAUUUUCUUAUACAGUAGACUUUAAGUUUGGUUCUUCAAGCAAUUGUUGAGUGUUAAAAAUUCAACUUAAUUUCAAUGAAAACAAAUAUUUAAAAUGAGGCAAAACAGAAGAUAACCAUUGUUUUGAUCAAAUGCAGAACCCCAACACAUGCAGUAAAUAAUAUUACAACUGUAUUAGUCAUGGUAUUUAAAGUUUUCCAUAUACUGUACUGUACUGUACAAUAUAUUUGUGAUAUGAGUUCAUGUCAAGUUGGAAAUGAGCAAAAUUAAGCUGUUCCAUGAAAGUGUGUAGAUGUGUAACAGAAUAUUGCAUUAGGAUGGUGGAUAAUGAAAGUUGUCUAUACAAAAACCUUCAAGUUAUUUUUUAAUUAAAACCUAAAGCAAAAUUAUUUGUAAUUAGCAACUGCAGUGUGUAAUGCUUUCUUAAAUUUAUUUUUGAAUUGAGUGUUGCAAAAUAAUGCAGUACUGUAUGGACAUCCUUGAUUUGUGUAAAUCAGCAUGAAUAAAACUUAUACUGUUUA